AUGUCGAAGGUAUCAUGUCCUCAACAACAACAACAACAACAUGAAAUUUUAUGUUGCGUAGAUAAUUCUAGUGAUCCCACAAAAAUAUGUUUAACAUUUAAGGGAACGCCAACAGCACCGUUGGGACAUACAGAAGAAGACGAUGAAAAAAAGAAAGAUGCAAAGCAGAAAAAGUAUCCAACGGUGCAUCAGCAAAAAAAAAACGCGAAUGAAUAUUUUAUCGUGGAAAAAGUUGAUCCGGAAAAAAAAAAAAAAGAAAAUUUAGCGAAAUUGCGAGAAAAAUUCAAAGAUAAAGGAACGAGACUUGCUUUGUUCGGUGCCAUAAACGAAAAAGUCAAAUGCGCUUGUCAAAGUACCGAUCAUUUACUCGGACAAAAACGUACCAGGCUGAGAGAACUUUUAUUGGCUGAAGAAGUUGCGUACACGACGGAAUACAUCAUAAAAUGUCAACAAGCCGGUGCGAAAAGAGAAGAAGAAUUAAGGAGGAAAGCGUUCGAAUUACAAACGAAAUACGAAAACGAAAGAAAAAAAUUCGUAGAAGAAAAAUUAUUGGAACGUGCCAUAAGCGAAUGCGAUGAUGCGAGAACGGUUUUGACAAAGAAAUUAGUUAAAGAAGUCAAAAUGGAUCAAUUGUGGCAAAUAAAAGAAAAAUAUGCGCAAAUGGAAGUGAAAAGAGAAGAAGAUAAAAUGUAUCACGAUCUCAUGAUAAAAAAUUUACAAUCCAUGAGAGAAGUGGAAGAAGAAGAAGCGAAAUCAAUUUAUUACAAACAAAAAGAAGCGCAAAAAGUAUUUCAAGAACAAAUUGUUAUAAAGCAAAAGAAAAAAGAAGAAGAAGAAAAAAUGAAAGAAAUCGAAAGGAUAAAAAUUGAAGAAGAGGCAAGGAUAAAAAGAGAAAUGGAUAUGUAUUUGGAAGGUAUAAGAGAAAUAAAAAGGCAAAAGGAAAUUGAAGAGAAAAAGUUAAACGAUUUGCUUGAAGAAUUUAAUGAAAAAAAACGACAAGAAAAAGACGAAGAAAGGAGAAAAAGAGUAUUGAAAGAAAGAUGCGUACAGAUGAAAGAAAAAAGAGAAAGAGAAUUAAGAGAAGAACAAGUUAGAAGAAACGAACAAGAAUUGUUAAUUUUAGCAAUAGAACAACAAAGAAAAAUAAGAGAAGAUUACGAUAGAAGAUGUGCUGAACAGAGAGAAGCUUACAGGUGUCAACUUUUAAAACAAAUACAAGAAGACGAAGCUAACAGAAUAAGAAAAAAAGAAGAAGAAGAAGAAUUUGUGAGACGUUUAAAAAUGGAAAAAGAUGAAGAAAUCGAAAGGAUAAAAAAUGUUAUUAAAGAAUUACCAGCUAAAGGAAUCGAACAUCCUUUUAAAACCGUUAUAAAAUCUUGCCCCCCAGAAUAUUUGUGUCCUUAUCCAUGCUUUAAAUAA